AUGUCAACCGAUCAUGAAUUUUCACAAGAACUGAAACAACUAAUGUUUCAUGUUAUCGAUUUUGUCGAAACAUCUGCAGUCUAUCCAUCAACAAGUCAUAUCGAUCAUCUUGUUCCUGAAACAUUAUGUCCUGAGAAGAAAAUGGUAGCCCGAGCCUUUGUUGCAGCAAGAGCAAAAUAUUUUCAAAUUUUCGAAGAGUUUAGACAAGCUCACGUUCAUUUAUAUUAUCAUGAUGAAACUUGGAUAAAUCUUCGACAAGUUAAACGAUCUAUUUGGACUCUAAAUGGCGAAGGUGAAAUUAAAAAAGGUGGAGGGAGAGUAUCAGCACUUAUAGACGUCAAUGGUUAUCACAUUCCAUCAGUUGAUAUUUGGGCAUGCAAUGAAGAUCAUAAUAUGGAUUCAAUGCACUUUCUCAUGUGGUUAGAUUCGACUUGUGCAACGUUAAGAGAAGAGAUUGAACUAGUGGCUACUAAUUGUCCACCUAAAGAAUAUAUUACUGAUCGAAUUGGAAAGAAAUACGGUAUAGAAAUAUUUCGACUUCCUAAAUUACACUGCAGCCUGAAUCCUAUUGAAUUGUCAUGGAAUAAUCUCAAGCAAUUUGUUCCUGAUCAAAGCACAACAUUUCGUCCAGAUGAUGUAAAACUAUUGAGUGAGCAAUUUAUGGUAACAAUGGACGAUGAACGUGCAAUGUCGUAUUUUCAUUAUGCUCGUGGAAUUGAAGAAAUGUAUCAAACAGCCGAUGCAAUAAUGAAGAAAGAUAUCGAACAAUAUUUACAAUCUGAUAGUGAAGAAACAGAUUCAGAUGAUGAAGAAUAA